GCCCUUCCAAAACAGCUGUUGUAUUGACUUUGCAACCCCAAUGGCGUUUCAGGUGCGGAAAGUUAUGGCACUAUCGGAGGUGUAUUGUUGACUUAGAGACGCUUUAGGUUUCUCCGACCAACCACCGCCAAAGCACCUCCACCAGUCCCUCGCAUGUGAUGCAUACUCUAUCUCGAGCGGUCCGCAGACCUUCAAGGCAUCGGUAAACAGGUAUUCGGAUUCCGCUCAGGUGCUCAACCAGAUGGAACUGCCGUUAUCAUCGCCAAGGCUUUUUAGCCCUACAGUACAGCUACUGCUUCUUCCACGACCAACGCUUGCGUCUGAACGUUUAGAACGGGCGAAUAGAAUUCAUGGUCAAAACCGCCUUUUUUCUACUCUUUGGGUGGGCCGCCAGCGCGAGUUCAGGGCCGUCGAUAACACCCUCUUCGUCUCCCACCAUCCCAUGCUCCUUCAACAUCAAAAACUUCAAAUACGACCUUUGUCCUCUGCUCGGCUCGCAUGUUCGAAAUCUGAAGUUGACCAUAUCAGAAGAUACUCCACCCACCUUGACAAGAAAAAUGUACCAAAUAUCACUUGAAGGAGCAUUAACACGAGAUGGGACGCUACCUGCAGAACUACAGUGUCCUGGCGGAACAUGGAUAUGUCUAAUCGUCACCAACACACGUCCAAACCACGACUCCGAACCCACUCGAAUCCUUCAAGUCGUUCCGAUCGCGGCCGUCAACCAACGAACGGGACCACUCACACCCAAAUUCAAGCUCCUCCGCACCGAUAACGAUACCGAUAACGAUAACAAGUCCACCCCACGUUCGAUAUCUCUACGAAUGUCUCUCAACGGUGGAAUCUACACCGGCCAGAAACAGAAAGCUGUUUUCGUAUUCGAGUGCGAUCGGUCGCGUGAGAGGGCAGAAAGGACAAGCGGGAUACCCUCAACACCCAAGUUUUCCUGGUCAUUCAACGGAACCCACACUUUCAAUUGGAAAUCUGUAUACGCAUGCCCGGAUACCCUCGUUUCACCACAUCCCCCGGCCCCGGGGAACGACCAUGAAACAGACACAGACAAAGAUGAUGGUGAUGUCGACCCCCCAGUAGACCCGGACACGGAAGCGGAAGCGGAAGAACCAAUAGAUCUCGAUUAUACAUCCCCGCGUUCCGCCCUUGGGCCUUAUUCUCUCCUCUGGAUUCCUUUAUUGCUACUCGUCCUCUACAUAGCUUCCAAAAAGCUCAUCCCUCCGGCUACGCGCCGCCUUUGUUCAUCCGCACGAUGGAGAUUGGGGCGCUAUCGGUUUCUGGUGGGGAGUGACCCCGGAACCGGAACCGGAUUGCCUUCAGAUGAAGAUGGACCGAGGGGGUACGAAGUCAACCCGGAUCUCUAUGCUUACGGUGUCGUUGACGGUGAAGAGAUACCUUUAUCACCGAGUCCUAGGAAAGAUACAUUUGGAUAUGGUGUUUUGAGGUAGAAUUACUUAGUAGAUAUGCUCUACCGAAAGGUGGAGUGAUGACGAAUGUCCAGAGACCGUUAACUCAUGUAGACCUAGAGCUUAUGAAUGAACCCACUGGUGGUCUCUUAACUUCUCGCGCAAAAGAGAAGCCUUUGACACACGUACGACGCCAGCAGGAUUUGAACCUGCGCCCUCAAAGAGGAACAGAUAUUGAUAGUCCAUCUAAUGCAUGAAAUUCAAAUCUGUCGCC